AUGAGCACAGAAGGUAAAGUUAUUACAUGUAAAGCAGCAGUGGCUUGGGAAGCCAAGAAACCAUUGGUAAUUGAAGAUAUUGAAGUUCAACCACCACAAAAAGGUGAAGUCAGAAUUAAAAUUUUAUAUACUGGUGUUUGUCAUACAGAUUCAUAUACAUUAAGUGGUAGUGAUCCAGAAGGUAUUUUUCCAUGUAUUUUAGGACAUGAAGGUGGUGGUAUUGUUGAGAGUAUUGGUGAAGGUGUUACAAGUGUUAAAGUUGGUGAUCAUGUAAUUCCUUUAUACAUUCCAGAAUGUGGAACAUGUAAAUUCUGUACAAGCAACAAGACUAAUCUUUGUUCAAAGAUUCGUAUCACUCAAGGUAAAGGUCAAAUGCCAGAUGGUACCACAAGAUUCAAAUGCAAGGGUAAGGAAAUCUUCCACUUUAUGGGCACAAGCACUUUCUCACAAUACACUGUUCUCCCAGAGAUUAGUUGUUGUGUCGUUAGAGAGGAUGCACCAUUGGAUAAGGUUUGUUUGUUGGGUUGUGGCAUUACCACUGGUUUCGGUGCCGCCAAAAUCACAGCAAAAGUCGAAGAAGGCUCAACCGUUGCCAUCUUUGGUUUGGGUGCAGUUGGUUUGAGUGUCGCCCAAGGUGCUGUCGAUUGCGGUGCCAAACGUAUCAUUGGUAUAGAUAAUAAUGAAACUAAAUUUGGACCAGGUAAAGAUUUUGGUUGUACAGAAUUCAUCAAUCCAUCAAAAGAUUUACCAGAGGGCAAAACCAUUCAACAACAUUUGGUCGAUAUCACCGAUGGUGGUGUCGAUUAUUCAUUCGAAUGUAUAGGUAAUGUCAAUGUAAUGAGAGCCGCUUUGGAAUGUUGUCAUAAAGGUUGGGGUGUUUCAACCAUUGUUGGUGUUGCUCCUGCUGGUGCUGAAAUUUCAACUCGUCCAUUCCAAUUGGUAACCGGUCGUGUUUGGAAAGGUUCUGCUUUUGGUGGUGUAAAAAGUCGUUCUCAACUCCCAUCAAUCAUUGAUAAAUAUAUGGAUAAGAAAUUAAAAGUUGAUGAAUAUGUUACCUUUACAUAUCCAUUAAAUGAAAUUAAUACUGCAUUUGAUGUUAUGCAUGAAGGUAAAAGUCUCCGUUCAGUUGUAAACCUCUAG